GAAAUGAACUGUACCAUUGGUUUGUUGUUAUCUAAUAAUUGGUGUUUCUAAGUUAUGUCAUAAUUCAAAGGAAAGAAAUAAAAAUUUAUAUUUUUAUACACGAAUAAUAUAUUUUUAAUAUAAAAAAAAUAAAGGGAAGAAAAGGAUAGUUUUUAGACGAGUUAGUUAAGACGACGACGACAAUUCUAAAUUGGCGAUAUUUAUUUCAUUGUUUUUAUGGUUCAACAUACCCAUUCGAGACGGAAUAGUUCAUUUGAACAAAACUCUUAUUAAAGGAAAGGAAAAAUAUAAAAUUAAGUGCCUUUUAAUAAGUGUUUUUUGUUUUUUUUUUAAUUUUGAGCCAUUUUUUCUUAAAAAAUCCUGCAUUAAAGAGAUUAAAAUGCAUAAGAAACGAUCGAUAGUACUUGAAAAUUUUAUUUACUUCGAGCCAAAAAAGAGUGGAGGAGAAGAGAAGGGGAAAGAAAAGAAAAAACGAACGGCAUUUGUGCCCUUCUCUCUAGAAAUGCUUUUCCAAUUUCUAUCGCCAGAGUGAGCUGCGCAAUGAAAUCGUAUGCCGAGUUGAGAUGAGCGCUUUCCAAGUGGUCGUGUGCGAAUGGACGUUCCUUCACAUAACUUGAAACACUCUUAAGAGAAUAUUGCAACGAAACGUCCAUUCGCACUCCAAUUGUUAAUGUCAAAAUAAUUUUCAUUUAUUUAAAAAAAAAACAAAAAAAAAAUUAAUCUCAAAUUUUGAUUGUACACAUCGAUAUUUUAAGAGUAAUGCCCAUGCAAAUGAAGAGUGGACCCAUGCUUCAUUACAAAAAACGUAUUUUUAAGAAAGAUUGGAGGAGAGAAUAUGUCGUACUUUACGACAACAGCGCUCUCGUAUGGCUGAAAAUUGAGAAAGAUAAACUAGAACCCGAGGGAUCUCUUAUGCUCAAGGAUGCUCCAGAACUCGUGGCUUGCGGUCCCUUUACUAUCCAAGUCCCAAACAGACCAGAAAUUCCCGAAGGUUAUAAAGUAUCCCAGUUAUUGGCUUUCGGAUCUAGAAAGGACGAAUCUGUACAUUGGUUUCUUUGUAAAAAUUCCGAGGACGUCCUAGCGUGGAUAACUGCCAUCAAUAACACACUUCCACCACCGCCUCCACCUCGUAUCGACGAAAAGAAUAAAACUAUUUCGCAAAGCGAGAAGUAUAACGAAGAGGAUGCAUUUACUUGUGGCAUGUUAACAGCAACAAUAUUAGGAACCGGUUGGGGAUCGGGAUGGGGUUGGGACGAUCAUGUGUCCGCAUCGGAUCACAUGUCCAGCAUCUCGGAUGGAAUGCAAAGUGAUGGAUACGAUGUGAAUAUAUUCGAUGGAGACGGAUGCGAUUUUGAUGUUUGCGCUUUUGCUUUUUAAAGAAAAACAAAGUAGUUUGAGAGAAUAUUAAUAGAUUUUUAGUCGAUAAACUAUUUGUAUAGGAAAAAAACAGGGGGAAAAAUGUUUGGUAAUGUCGUUCUUUUUGUAAAACAGAUUUAUGUUAGUUUUAGAAAAAACAAGGAACGUUGUUUUGUAUCCGUUUUAGAGAUUUGGAGAAAAUUAUACAAUAAAUUAUUGAAAUAUAUAAAUAUAUACAUGUAUAAAACUGUACGAGAUGAG